CUCGCCGCUGCGGCCGCCGAGGCCGCUGCCUCAGUCGUACAGCGCACGCCGAGCGCGCCAGCCGCCCGCCCGCUGCCGCUUCCGCGCCCGCGCUCGCUCCGCUCGUGCGCGUCUGUGCUGUGCUGUGCUGUGCCCAGUGCCCCACGUGUUGUGUCUCCCACUACUUGUGGUGGUUUCUUGAUCUUCGUCGUCGAAGGCCUUCCAGCUCAGGGCUUUAAAGUAAAGACAUACUUAAAGAAUACAAAAGAAUACGCUCUACAGUAAGGAGGUUGGCAUCACUGGUCUCCGCACUACUGUCAACAAUUCAAUGUCCCGAGUGUGAAGCGAGAGGUGUCGCGCCACCGCAGACGACACUUGUGGUCACAUUCACAACACAGCAUCACACGCGAGAGGAAUAACACAUCUGGUAUCGGGAAGAAGCGUGCCCCUCCUGCUCCCUUCGCCCCACAGCGAUCACGCGCAGAGGUCGCGGCGAGCGGUGAGAUGCUGUGAAGUGUGAGGGGUGACAAGCAGAGCGGCCGGCGGGCGCCGAGGGCGCGGCAUGGACGACCAGGAGCGCAUCGCGCGGGACCAAGCCGCCUGCGCCGCCGCCAACAACAGCACCGAGCCGCCGGCGGGGCCUUACUGCGAGGGCACGUUUGACACGUGGCUGUGCUGGCCGCACACCAGCGUCAACAACACCGCGUACGCGCGCUGCCCCGGCUUCGUGCCCGGCUUCAGCACCGACCUGUUUGCGCACAAGGAAUGCACCGCCAACGGGACAUGGUGGCGGCACCCGGCCACUGGCCGCCCCUGGUCCAACUACACCACCUGCGUCAAGCCUGAGGAUGACGUAAGCGACAUCAUUGCGGUUUACGAGACCGGCUACAGUGUGUCGUUGGUGGCGCUCGUCAUGUCGCUCGCCAUCCUGCUGUACUUCCGGAGUCUGCGGUGCGCGCGCAUCACGGUCCACAUGAACCUGUUCGCCUCGUUCGCUGCUAACAACGCGUUGUGGCUGGCGUGGUACGGGUUGGUGGUGCGCGCGCCCGACGUGCUGCACGCCUCGCCCGCCUGGUGCUGUGCACUCAACGCGCUGCUGCAGUACGUGCUGCUCACCAACUACACGUGGAUGCUGUGCGAGGGACUAUACCUGCACACAGUUCUGGUGAGCGCGUUCGUGUCGGAGCGGCGGCUGGUACGCGCGCUGCUGGCGGCGGGCUGGCUACUACCGGUGCCGGCCGCCGCCGUGAACGCUGCGCGCCGCGCCGCCGCCGACGAUCCGCUCUGCUGGAUGGACGAGGCGGGUCCGCGGCCUGAGCUAGCCGUGUUGGCGGUCGGCGCAGUGCUGCUUAACCUUGCCUUCCUGUGCAACAUUGUACGCGUGCUGUGUACUAAGCUGCGAGCGGCUGGCAGUGUGGGCGGCGCGGCGCGUCCCUCCGCGACCGCGCUACACGCGCUGCGCGCCACCUGUCUGCUGGCGCCGCUGCUGGGCCUGCAGUACCUGUUGACGCCGUUCCGUCCGCCGCGCACGGCCUCCUGGUGGCUCGCGUACGAGUAUGUCUCGGCACUGACGACGUCACUGCAGGGGUUGUGCGUGGCGGUGCUGUACUGUUUCUGUAAUGGCGAAGUGUUGGCACAGCUGCGGCGGCGGUGGCGUGCUCUCACGUUCCGCCCGCGCGCCAACUCGGCCACCGCCACUACAGUGUCGGUGAGUAUGGCGCGGGAGACGGGCGGGACCGGUGCGACGCCGGCGGGACCCUCACCUGCUCCACUGUUACAGUUCGUGCGCUCGGCGGCGCCGGCCGGCGGCGAGGACAAGGUGUGACUGGCGGCGGGCGGCGGGGCGCUCCCGGAUCCGCGCGCCAACGGCGACGGCGGUGCGCCUCUCGAGCGACGCCGCGGCACGGCGCGACACAUCCGCUUCGAGUGCGUCGAUAGCGACGACGAUGCGCCGGCGGACGCGCGGCUGCUGUGAGCAGCCCCGCUCCGCCCUGCGCCCUCCGCCCCUCGCCACACCUCUCCGCCGCGAGACUGACUGUUGUUGACAAUAUGUUCGUUUGUAUAUAGUAGCACAAUAUGUUCGCAAGAGAAUCGAGUCUAUUGUUAUGGACUGGUUGACCUGUAGUUAUUAAUACACACGAGUGGAGAGCGCGGCGCUGCUCCGGUCGCGACUCAUACGUACCUAUGUACAUUAUACCUAAUGUAAGUUGUGGUUGCAUAAUUAUAAGCUUUUAACUGUGCAGUUAACAAUAACGCCACAUGGUUCUAAGCGCGUGCGCGUGCGCUACUCACGCUCGAUCGUAAUCUGUGCUGGAAACUUAUGGUUCCGUGGGGGCACGGGAGGUGCGGUCGGUCCGGCCCGCACGACGGGAGGAGGUGACGCACUCACGCGCACUACCGACCGACCACUCGCGCUGCUACCACUUAUGUAUAUACUUUUGUAUAUUGUCAAUAAAAACAAAUCACUAUUA